UUGAAGCGCGGAGAGCAAGAAGGAAGGGAGCUCAUAAAAUGCAAAAACAUGAAUUUGGGGAUUAUUCACGACUUCUUAUGUCAUUUUUUUUCUCUUCCGUUGUGAGCUUCGAACUCUACAGGGAAGCGAUUCAGGACGAAACCCCUGGACUUGGGAGUUUGGGACGAAAUCUCCAGUCUAUCACAUUGAGGAAUCCGUUGACGUCAGGUUGAAAUUACAGCCAUGGUAAUGUUUUGACAGAGAAAUCGCAGAAGAUAGGGUUGAAUGCAGCUGGGCACAUAUAUUAUCAGCUUCAUUUCAAGGUAGAAGCAAGACGACCUUAGGGGAAGCUGCGGCCAGCACUAAGCGUUGUGGUAGGUGUGAGAGAAAGAAUGCGCUUUGGGACAUUUUGGGCCUUGCAUAGGUGAGGCUACAGUGUAGGGAUUUUUGGCUUAAUUCCUGGUCAUUAUCGGAUACCUAGAAGACAAUAUUGUGGGAGUAUAAGAGGGCCAGUUUCCAGAUUUUGUAUAGUCUUCCCAGACUUUAUCAAUGCAGUCUCAGACCCCAUUCUGUCCAUUUCCAGCCUAAUUGGACAGCACCUUCAGUUUGCAUAAGUUUGGCUAAUAAUCAGGCACAAAAAUGGCAGGUGGGAAAGAGCGCAAAACCAAGCCCUCAGCAGCACAGCGUCAGCAGGGAGGAAUUCAAUUUUACAAAUCAAAAGGUCAACACAUCCUUAAGAAUCCAAUGCUAGUACAGACCAUUGUGCAAAAGGCAGGCAUUAAGAGUACAGAUAUUGUGCUGGAAAUAGGGCCAGGGACUGGGAACUUGACAAUGAAGUUGCUGGAUGUAGCAAAAAAGGUAAUAGCAGUGGAGUUGGAUCCUCGCAUGGUGUUGGAAUUGCAGCGCAGGGUACAGGGAACUAGCAAUGCCAUUCGGUUGCAGGUCAUUCAAGGAGACGUUCUCAAAACUGAACUACCCUAUUUUGAUGUGUGUGUAGCAAAUAUCCCAUAUCAGAUAUCAUCUCCUCUUACAUUCAAGCUCUUGUCACACAGACCAAUUUUUAGAUGUGCCAUUAUCAUGUUCCAGAGAGAGUUUGCCAUGCGACUUGUUGCAAAACCAGGAGAGAAUUUGUAUUGCCGCCUUUCUGUGAAUACUCAGUUGCUGGCUCGUGUUUCACAUCUAUUGAAAGUCGGAAAAAAUAAUUUCAGGCCACCACCAAAAGUUGACUCCUCUGUUGUUCGAAUUGAGCCCCGGAAUCCUCUCCCUCCAAUUAGUUUCAAGGAGUGGGAUGGGAUGGUUCGUCUCUGUUUUAAUCGCAAAAAUAAAACUUUGGGGGCAAUCUUUAGAACCAAAAAUAUCUUGACACUGUUGGAGAAGAACUAUAAGACAUUUCAAGCUUUGCAAGAAGCAUGUUCAAAGCCUAAUGAAUCAACAGUUGGGGAUGUGUCAAUUUUGGGUGACCCAGCCAAUGACUCUAGUAUGGAAAUUAAUGCUGGGGAAGAUCAAGAAAUGGAUGUUGAUGAUGCUGAUAUGCAGGAAGGGGCUUCUCAAUUUAAGGAUAAAAUACUCAAUAUCUUGCAAGAAGGCAAUUUUGAAGAUAAAAGAUCUUCAAAGCUUACUCAAGAUGAUUUCUUGCAUCUCUUAUCCCUCUUUAACAAGGCUGGCAUACAUUUUGCUUAAUUAAUUUUUGUCAUUGGAAAUUUAUUUUUAACUUUUAAGUCAUUUCCGUAACUUUGUUUUUGGAGUAGGAAGUAUUUGUAUACUUGACGGAGGCCGGCCUUAUGCUUAUGUAAGUUGUAAUUGAGCCUGCAUUUGAAUCCAACUUUGUUGGUUCGGUUUUCUUUAUAUUUUCAAAUUAUUAUUUUGUAAACAAAUUUUAGAAUAGAUAACAAGAAAUUGAUUACGUUUUA